AUUUAGCAAUUUAUACACUAAAAAGGAAUAAAAUGAAGGGACUAAACAUUAGUCCCUAGAAACCAAACAUGGCCUUAGUCUCUAGUCCCUUCCAGGGCUCCUAAAUGGGACUAAACGCAAAAAAUUCCUCUCCUGCCCUCGAGCAGCCGCAGCAGCCCGCGCGCAGCAGCCCACGGCAAAAAACCUAGCCGCCGCAGCAGCCCGCGCGCGCUCGGCAAAAAACCCUAGCCGCCGGCCACCGCAGCAGCCCGCGCGCGCUCGUCAAAAAACCGCAGCAGCAGCAGCGGCCAGCCUCGCGGGUGUGGCGGCGUCCGCGCUGCGCUUGCCUGUGGCUGAGUCCCAGGGGUGCCUGCGGCGGAAGGGUGUCGCGGGGUGCCUGCGGCGUUCUUUUUUCUGUCCCAGAAGCAAAGCAGCAGCGCUCGCCCCUUCUUCUCCGCCGCCGGUCGCAAGAUGGAGAACCACCGCAACUUCAGGGACUUCUUAUCCCAAGGUUGCUCUUCAUCGACGUCCAGGGGCCGCACUGGUCAUGAAGCUCCCGAGGACGACGACUUUGGCACCUUCUCGCAGUCGCCGUUUGCUCUGCCACCACGCAUCAAUGUCCCAGCACCUCGCAGCCGCAUUGAAGCUCUUGAUCUGAACUCCCAGUCCCAGGGUACCGAUUUUCCAUAUCUCUCAUCCUACCAAGAUGUUCUCCAGUCAGGUGAUGGUGGAUCCGACCUAGGUUUGCCUCCUCUUGGUCGUGGUAGAUCAGCGCGCACACUAUUUCAAUCCACCAGAACCAUUUCAGCUCCUAUUUCUCAUGCCCGAGGUCCAAUUCGAGGUUGCCGUGGAGUUAGGGGGAGAGGCACUAGUAGUCGUGGUGGAGGUCGAUCUGCUAUUUCUGCACCUAUUGACCCUGUCCUCAUUGAAGAUUUUGGAGAUGAACCAACCAAUGAAAUGGAUUCUCGAGCUUCUGUGCCUCGUUUUGACAAGGCCAAUUGGAAUGAAGAGAACACACAAAUAUUCUGUGAUUUAUGUGUUGACCAAAUUAGAGCUGGGAACUGUCUAAAUGGUACAAUGACAACCAGAGGAUACAACCUGAUAAAGGAAGAAUUCUUUUCUAAGACAGGACUCAGACACGACACCAAACAAUUUAAGAAUAGAUGGACUCAGUGUAAGGCCUUGUACUCUUUUUGGUUGUUUCUUAACAAUCAAAGUGGGUUAGGAAGAAGGGCUGAUGGUGUAGUUAUAGCUUCAGAUUCAUUCUGGAAGACUCACACAGAGGUUAGUGCACUGGUGUCAUAUAUCUCUGUACAUGAAGCCCUUACAACUGAUAGCUAAAAUGUGUGUUACCUUUUAUUGCAGAAAAGAAAAGAGUGCAGGAAGUUUCAACAUGCGAUUCCUACAUACAUGGAACAAUUAGCAGAAAUGUUCCAUGGAAUUGUUGUUGAUGGGUCUAGUUCUUGUAUCCCUGGUGAUGUACACAGACCAUCACAAGAAGUAUAUGAAGAACAAGAAGAAAAUGGAGAUGGGGAAGACCUUUUGAAUUCUAGUACCCCUAGUAGCAGAGGAAAGAGGAGCUUUACCAGUACAGCACGUAGUCCACCUAAAAAAAGCAAAAGUCCUAUGGUAAAGAUGUUUAAAGGACUAAUCAAUGAAAUGCAGCUAUCAAGGAAUGCAG